AGCGUAAUUAGGUCCCAGAGAAGUAUCCCCGGCCCUGAGCGCGACCCGGCGGCGCGUUCUCUCGGUGCCCGUGGUCAGUCCCCGCGGCUUGGCGGGCGAGGGCAGGGGAAAUGUUGCAGGAAGAGUCGGAUCUGUCCCUCAUUAUUGCCCAGAUAGUCCAAAAGCUUAAGGGCUCCAAUCUGUACGCUCAGCUGGAACGGCAGGCCUGGGCCAGCCUUCAGAGACCUGAAAUUAAACUUGAAUCACUAAAAGAAGACAUUAAAGAAUACUUUAAAGUGUCAGGUUGGGAGAAGAAACUUCAGAAUGCUGUUUACAGUGAACUGAAUGUGUAUCCUUUACCUAGUCAUCCUGCUGCACCUCCUGAACAUCUCAAGGAACCUUUGGUAUACAUGAGGAAAGCUCAGGGAAGUUGGGAAAAAAGAAUUUUGAAGAGUUUAAAUAGUAUGUGCACUGAACUGAGUAUCCCAUUGGCACGAAAGAGACCAGUUGGAGAACAAAAAGAACUUCUCAAUAAAUGGAAUGAAAUGGGAACUGAUGAACCAGAUUUAAGCCUUUUCCGACCUGUAUAUGCACCUAAGGAUUUUCUUGAGGUAUUAAUUAAUCUUCGAAACCCAAAUUAUGAAAAUGGUGAUUCUCUUAGUUUCAGGACUCAUUUGGGUUUAAUCCAAGUUCCUCUGAAAGUAAAAGACAUUCCUGAAUUGAAAGAAUGCUUUGCAGAACUUGGCUUAAAUACAGGACAGCUGGGUAUAGAUGAUUCUACACAAGUGCCUCCUGAACUUUUUGAAAAUGAACAUGUACGUAUUGGGCAAAAAGUUCUAACAGAACAAGAUAGUGCUGCUGCUCAACAGUACAUCAGACAAGGCAGUCCCACAGCACUAAGAGCUGAAUUGUGGGCCCUCAUUUUGAAUAUUUCCAGUCAACCUGAGGACAUCUUGUAUUAUGAGCAACUUAAGAUGAAUGUGAUACAACAUGACCUUUUGGUGGACAGUCUAAUAUAUAAAGAUGUAAAGUUGACAGCAAGCAAUGAUGAUUAUUAUUUUGUAUUUGAAGAUUAUUUAUAUCAGGUAUUACUUUGUUUUUCCCGGGAUACGUCAGUAUUGGGUCACUUUGCAUACAACAGUGCUUCACCACCGAAAUCAUACAUAAGAGGAAAACUAGGAUUAGAAGAAUAUGCCGUCUUUUAUCCACCAAAUGGUGUCAUCCCUUUUCAUGGAUUUUCCAUGUAUGUUGCACCACUUUGUUUUCUAUAUCAUGAACCUUACAAAUUGUAUCAGAUAUUCCGUGAGAUGUAUGUACGUUUUUUCUUCAGACUCCAUUCCAUCUCUUCUCAUCCUUCUGGUAUUGUGUCACUCUGUUUGCUGUUUGAGACCCUUCUUCAAACAUAUCUCCCUCAACUCUUUUACCAUCUACGUGAAAUUGGGGCUCAACCACUUCGCAUAUCAUUUAAAUGGAUGGUUCGAGCUUUCUCUGGAUACUUAGCUACAGACCAGCUUUUGCUUUUGUGGGAUAGAAUCCUAGGAUAUAACUCUCUGGAAAUUCUUGCUGUCCUGGCAGCUGCCGUGUUUGCUUUCCGAGCAGUGAACCUGAUGGAGGUGACAUCACUGGCUGCAGCUGAAGCAGUCCUUGCUGACCUUUCUACUUUAAAAGUUAUGCCACUUCUUCAAAUUUUCCUGUUUGCUACUGUCACCUGAUUUCUUCAAGGUCAUUGACAAGACAUCUAGUUUUUCAUUAGAAACUAAUCAUGAACUAUGCAAACUCUGCAUAAAACCAAAAUUAAAUUUUGCAUAUAAGCCAAUAAAGAUCAUGUUCCCUCCUGUUAAAGCUAAGUCAUUUUUCACUUUUUGAAACAAUAAUUCUGCACACCAAAUAUUGCAUUGCAUGCUGCUGAUUUUCAAGAGAGAAGCAAUAAACAUAACUUCUGCUACAUUGAGCUUACUAUAUCUAUAAUCCUGACUUGUUAAAGGCAUGUAAGAAUAUAUGCAAUAAGAACUAAAAAUGCUGUAAUAAACUUCAAGAGGUCAUGUAGCUUCUUGGACAAUUCUUUUAUGUCAGUGUAUAAACUUAUCCCUAGAUAAUGUAUUAUAAAUGUUUGUAAAUGUCUUAAGUUGCUCUUCCCCCAGAGCCAGGGGUAGAAUAUGAUGUGAGAAGGCCUGAAAAAGGUACACUUUUGAUAUUAGUAACUUUUCACUCACUAGGGAUUUUCUGCUCUCUCCAUUUUAUUUCUCCCUUAAGCAUCUUUACUGGGAAAGGUUUAAUACUAUUUUCUCCAUCUAGUAAUAUUUUAUUCUUCACUCGCUGAAAGUCAGAACAUUAUAGAGAUUUCCCUCUGCACUUCUCAAUCUUCCAUCUCUUGUUUAGAAGCUGAGGCCUGUUGUCAGGUUCUUUUCUUCUAGAAGAACACAAAGAGGGCAUCCUAAGGAAUGAAGAGAAAGAAGAACCAAAACCACAUCCAUUGCUGCUGGAGCUUGAGUUAACAAGAUCCACUUCUAGGCCAAGCAGCUGAGGUAGACAUUCAACCCAGAACUGAAGCCAUGAUGCAAGGCAUUGUGUUGUAUUUUGGUCUUCAUUAUAAGUCUAGGGCCUCAUUUUAUAUUACUUUCUAAAGAACCACCUUUUCAGUAAUAUGGAAUAAUAGUAUGUGAAAAAAAAUCCAAAACCCAUUGUCUUCUGACUAUAGGUUCAAAGUCAAGAGGCUGAUCACUUUAGUAAAACUGUAAAUCAAUAGAUAAGAUUCUUAUUGACUAGGAUUUUAUUAAGCUUAAUCCAGAUGUAUUUCAUGAAUAUUUUAUUUUGACAGUAUAUAUUAGGAAAUGUUUGAAAAUUAGCACAAAACUUUAAAGAUGAUGAAGUUUAGUAUAACUAGUUUAUUGAUUUGAAAAUCUAUUUAUGUAGUUAUAUUCAUCAGGUAUUUGUUGACUUUCUAAGUAGUAAAUAUUGUGAUUGAUUUUUUUCCCAUGAAGACUAUCACUCCUGAUUGAUUCUUAAUAAAUUCUAUUUUACUGCUUUUGAAGGUGACACAUUUAUAACAUGCUUUGCCAUUGAACAUGUACAAAUGCACAUACAUGGAGAGGAUAAGUAUACAUCUAUGACUGUUAUCACUCACCUCCCUCAUUCUAAAAAGAUGACAAGAAUAUUGGGAAGAAAGUGUGGUUUAAAUUAUCACUGUCAAAUGUGUACAGAUACUACUAUAUUUGGCUUUCUUCUUUAGAAUAUUCAUAAGCUUUUUUAAAAGAGAUGAUUUUGUAGUCUAAUACAGAAUAUUGUGGAUUUGGCCCUAGCUGAAGUCUCUGUUAACUGCAAUUUAGGGAUGGGAGGGAAAUGGACAGUAGAAAAUUAUUGUAUCUGCUCUGUUUAGCUUACAAGAUUAUAUAAGAGCAAAUAAAAAUAUAUAUUUGAAAGUGAUUUUUAAACUGCAAAGCACCAAGCAAAUAUAAGAUAUGGUUGAUAACUAAUUUCAUAUGUGACAUUUUAAAGUCAAAUGGUACAGAUAAUAUAUGAAGAUUGCCCAAUUACUUUAGCAUUUGUAUUAUUUUUUUUCUUGAAAAUUUGAGACUAUGUCUCUAAGAAAAUAAGUGGACUAUGACAGAGCAGAUUCUUUCAUUUGGUACAUGUGGCUCUAGCAGUAAUUCUGAAUCUCAAUCCCAAAACCAAACCUGGUAAGCAGCCAUAUGUUUUAUUGCUAUCGCAGACUUCUCUGGUAUGCCCUGCUCUUUGCUACUUUUUGGAAUACUGGAAGGGGAAAUAAGGCUCUUCCUAUCUCUAUCUCUAACAGCACUUCCUCACACUACCUCGCUUAUCUUCCUUCCAUUUGCAUUCUCCCAUGUCACCUCCUGUCUGCCACUAACACUGACUUCACAUCUGCACUGCCAGUGAUCCCAGUAUCUGAGUGAGCAGUGGUAAUUAUUCUAUCAAUGGCCAUUGGCACUGAUGAAGAAAUAGCCUGGGCAAAUUAUGUUUGGCUCUGCUAGAUUUCAGUUGACCCACUAAUGUUAUAUGCUGUGACCUAAUAUUUGGAAGAGCUUAUUUAAUAAUCUUUUUAUCUGAAUGUGUGGUAAUCCAGUGUUCUGCAUAAUUGAAAUUUCCAGCUUGUCUUAACUGCAUAGCACCCUGUUACACUCAGCAUGCACUCUCCUAUUUUCCAAAGAAACUAGAAACCAUUAGGCUUGAGCCUCCUCAGCCUUCAACUUCAAAAGUUAACUUUGUUCCCCAUGCUUAAUUUCUUCCUUCUUGUCUCAAAAAGUGUCUAAUCUAUUCCUAUAGUUCUGUAAAUGCAGAUUUGAUUGGGUCAUUUCUAUUCCUAAAAAAAUUCACCAACUUCUCAUUGCUUAAAGGGUAAGUCCAGAUUCUGUAGCAUCACAGGAAUAAUUCUUCACAGCUGGAUCUUCCCAUUUCUAUGCUCCCACACUGAUCCAUUAUCCUAAACUUUAGCAUCACCAGAUUGCAUGCUGAUCCUAGACCAGCUGCAGCUAUUCAUUUUGUCUCUGCCAGAGGGAUCCUCUCCAUUUUUUAAGGUGCCCCUCAAAAACUUUCUUCUGUUGUAAAGAUACCCUGGAGCUUAUAAAUUAGCAUUACUCCCCUCUCUUUGUUCUCCGUAAAAUUGUUUAUCUGUUCAUAUGGUGCUUAUAAUAUUAAGGGGUUUUUUUUUCUGAUUGUCACUUUAUUCCCAAGGAAAUUUUUGUUGACUCAUCUUAUAUGUAGAAGUUACAAGAAAUUUGUCCAUGUGAGUUUGUAUCCUCUCACGUGAUCCAAAAUUGUUUGGAUGUUUUUCUUGAAACAUAAUUCCCCUUCCAUAUCUAUAGACUCCCUUCUUCCACAAAGUCUCUAAUUUUUAUUUGGAGUUCUGCCCCCUCCCCCAUGUGCUUCAGGUGAGGCUACUCCCAACCUCAGGAUCCAUGGAUUGGCCAAGGAAUUACCUUUUGCCAUUCCCCUGGCCAUAGGGAUUGCCCCAGGAUCCAGGCUGUCUGCAGGGAGUGAAAGCCAAUGAAACACCAUUAGAAGACUUGGUUUAAAUUUUCAGGGAACUUUCACUGUGAAAAAGGAUGCAGAGUCUGAGCUUUUGCAACCUAGGAAUGGAGAAUGAAAAGCUCUUCUUUGUCUUUGCAGGCUUCCCAUGGGCCAUUUUGUUACAUGAGCCAUAGGAUUUUCCUUGCAACAGAAGGAUCCUAACUGCUGACAGUUACUUCCCUUUUAGGUGAUCAGCUUUUUAAAUAUGGGUACCAUUAGGUACAGAACCCCUGCCUACACACUGCUCAAACUAGAGUAGUAUUUUGUUACCUUCUUUCAAUCAAGAUGCAACCAUGACCUUACAAGGACCUUAGGAGGUCUACAUUUUAGACCUACUAAGCUACUUGAAGUACCUAACAGGGUAUAUAUUUUGCCUUUGGUCAUUUGCUCACAGCUCCCUCUGCUUAGAAUGCCUUCUCUUCUCUCUAUCUAACUGUAACUUGUACCUCAAAACCCAACACAGGGAAGACUACUCCUCUCAUGAACCCUCCUCCAACCCUUAAUAUACAUAUGUUAUAUCAUGAUCGUAUGUUAGCUCAUCUUUCUUUUCUGCUACUCUGAGAUGCCUUGUCUAGUAGAAAAUGUUUUGGUUUUUUUAGCUUUAAGUCUCUAGAAUCUAACAUAAUGGCUUGCCCCAUAGUAGACUUAAUAAGCGAUUAUUAAAUGAACAAGUGAAGUCAUCUAAUUUAAUUCACUUACUUUACUGAUAAGGAACUUUCUGUGUUCAAAUAAUAACUUACCUGUCCAGUGUUACCCAACUAUUUUGUCUACCACGUUGAUUUGAGACAUUGCCUAUGGAAGUUCAAAAAAGAAUUAUUUUGAGGGAAAAAACUGCAAAUGCUUCACUUAAUUUUUUUUCAUUUAAGUCAACUUUAUUAUGGUAUAAUUAUAUACAAUAAAAUUAUAUGUUUUAAAAUAAAACUCAUUUUAAAUGUGCAGUUCCUUAGGUUUUGACAAAUAUAUGUACCCAUACCACCACUGUCACAAUCAAGGUACAGAAUAUUUUUAUCAUCCAAAACAGUUCUUUUUGUGCCCCUUCCCACUUAUACACACAUUCACUCCAAAUACUCAGUGAUCUACUUCCAGCUCUAAAGAUUAGAUUUCCCUUUUCUAGAGUUUCAGCAUGUGUACUCUUCUGUGUCUGUUUUAAGAUUUCUUCAUGUUAUUAUGUAAUCAAUAGUUCAUUCCUUUUUAUUAUUGAAUACAAGUCUUCAUAAGGAUAUAUAUCUUUAUUUCUCUGGGGCAAAUGUGUACUAGUAUAAUUUCUAUAUAAUAUACAAGCACAUGUUUGACUUUCUAAAAAGCCCUCAAAUUUUUUCUGAAAUGGCUCUACCAUUUUACAUUUCUACCAGCAAUCUCUAAAAGUUCCAGUUAUUCCAUAUCCUUACCAACACUGGUAUUAACAUGUUAGUAAUUCUAAUAAUUAGUUUUAACUUUUUCUCUAGUUACUAAUGAGGUUGAUCAUCUUUUCAUGCUUAUUUUCCAUUUAUAUGUACAAUAUUCUUUUGUCAAGAGUACAAAAUCACCUUUAAUCGAUUGUCUUAUUAUUAAAUUGUAAGAAUUCUUUACUUAGGCUACAUUGUGUUUUUUGAAAAUCUUCUCCAAGCUUAUAAUUAUCUCAUAAUUUUAGUUAUUCUUUUAAAGAGCUAAAGUUUUUAUUUUGUUGAGGCUUAAUUUAUUUUUAUUAUUUAUAUUUUUGGCAUUCUAUGAAAUCUCAUCAUAACUCCAGGUCACAAAAAUUUUUUUCCGAUAUUUUCUUCUAGGAACUUUAUGGAUUUAAGUUUACAAUCCAUUUUUUAAGUUAAUUUUUGUAUAUGGUGCAAGUAGAGGACUGAGCUCAUGUUUUUACAUAUGCAUAUAUACACCAUUUGCUCAAAAGACUAUCUUUUCCUUUUACAUCUGCACUUUGUUCAAAACCGAUUUGCAUGUAUGUGUAGGCUGGUUUCUGAACUUUCUGUUUUGUUUCAUGGGUUUAUGCCUGUUUUUAUUCCAGUGCCACACAGUCUUGAUUUUUAUAGCCAUAUAGCAAGUUUUAAAUUGGGUAGGGUAAGACCUCUAACUGUUUGCCUGUGUCAAAACUAAUUUGGCUAUUCUAGAUUCAUUACAUUUCUAAAUAACUUUUAGGAUCAUUUUUCAAUUUGUACCAAAAUGAGAAGGGGGGAAAAAAGGCCUGCUGGGAUUUUUAUUGAGAGAGCAUUGGUUAUAUAAAUCAGUUUGGGGACAAUUGAUAUCAUAACAAUAUUGAGACUUUCAAUUCAUAAAUGGCAUACCACUCUCUUUAGGUCUUGUAUGAUUUUACACAGCAGUAUGUUGUGGUAUUAGUAUACAGUGCAUAAAUCCUGUUAAAUGUAUCUCUAAUUAUUUCAUAUUUUGAUGUUAUUGUAAAUGGUAUUUUUAAUUUCUCUUUCCAAUGGUUUUUUGUUAAUAUAUAGACAUACCAAUGAAUUUUUAUAUUGACCUUGUAUCCUGAGACCUUGCUCAAUUACUACUGCUACUGCCCUUUUUGCGGCUUCCCCAAGAUUUUCUACAUAUAUAACAUCUAUAAAUAAAGAUAGUUUUGCUUCUUUCUUUCAAA